CCUCCUCCCUUCCCAUCAUCCAGACUUCCAGAGAGAUCAGAGCGAGAGAGAGAGCAAUGCCGACGGGGAGGCUGAGCGGCAACAUCACCCAGGACUGGGAGCCGGUGGUGCUGCGGCGCACGAAGCCGAAGGCGGCCGACCUCAAGUCGACGAAGGCGGUGAACCAGGCGCUGCGGUCGGGCGCGUCGGUGGAGACGGUGCGGAAGGCGGCGGCAGGCACGAACAAGCACCCCUCGGUCUCGGCGGCGGUGGUGCCCGCGCGGAAGCUGGACGAGACGACGGAGCCGGCGGCGGUGGAGCGCGUGGCAGCGGAGGUGCGCGCGGCGAUCCAGAAGGCGCGCGUGGCCAAAGGGUGGAGCCAGGCGGAGCUGGCGAAGCGCAUCAACGAGCGCGCGCAGGUGGUGCAGGAGUACGAGAGCGGCAAGGCCGCGCCCAUGCAGGCCGUGCUCGCCAAGAUGGAGCGCGCGCUCGAAGUCAAGCUCCGCGGCAAGGCGGUCGGCGCGCCCUUGGCGGCCGGAGCCAAGUGAUGGUCCGUGGCUGCUUACGCCUUUCUGAACUCUGACUCCUUAUGUGACUGAAUUCGGCGGUGAAUCCGAUGUGCUGUUUGCGUUGUGGGCUGGGCUUGUGGAUCAAUGAUGGGGAUGUAAAUCCGUAGGGCAUGUGCAGUGAUUUCUACAAAUUUCGGGCGAACUUGUUGCUAAGUCUGAUGGUAAUGACAAGUGGUUAAGAUUUGGUGAUUACUGAUUUCGAA